AUGUUCUUCGAAGAAGGUGAGGUGGGUGAGCUAUCUGAAGGCAACCGAUCGCCCAGCAACAGCAGCAGUGGCAGCGGUAGGGGUUCCAGCGUAGGCGACGUGCCGCUUCCACCUCUACCACCACCAACCCCACCGUCACAGAUUAAUGGAAUGGCUACAGAGGAGAUCUACAGCAUCAUCAAGGAGCUCCGGCGACAAAUAGAUGAUCCGGCGAAGUAUGAAGACAUAAAGACAAUGCUCAAGAAGGAGCCUUCCAUCCUGCUUGCUGUGGCUCGUGUGCUGCACGAGUCAAGUCUGCUGCGGCGUACCGUUGUGAAUGCAAACUCACAGGUGGAGGAGCAGGUGGUGCCACUCCCAGAGGCACCUGCACCGCCGCUGCCUUCAGGGUACAACAGCUGGGCGUGA